GGGAAGUGCUUGCUGGGCGGUCGGUCGGCCUCAGCCGCUUCGCGUCAUGGCCUUUUCGGUACCCGGCUACUCGCCCAGCUUCAAAAGGCCGCCGGAGAUAGUGCGGCUCCGAAGGAGAAGGUCCCGGAGCCAGAAGGCCGCCGCCUCCAGCCCCCUCGAGCUGCGGGAGCCGACGCCUCGCCGCGCCGCCUUGGCGGCCGGGCUGCUCCUCCGCCCCUUCCCGGCCGCUGCCGGCAGAAUCGGCGGUCCGACCGCGGCCCGCAGGAACCCUUUCGCCCGCCUGGACAACCGGCUGCGGGUCGCCGCGGAGGCCUCGGACGGGCUGCCCCGCAGCCACCCGGAGGCGCCGAGCUCGUUUUCAGAUACCAAUCAAGAAAAUGAUAUGCUAUGGGAAGAGACGUUAUCUGAAAGAACAACAGCUACGGAACUAUCCCAGGCUUCACACAUAUCUUUCUCUGAAUUGGAUACUCCAUUCUCAGAAAAUACUGAGUUACCUGUGGACUGGAGUAUUAAAACCCGACUCCUUGUCACCUCUUCUCAACCCUUUACCUGGGCAGAUCAUCUGAAAGCACAAGAGGAGGCUCAAGGUCUUGUUCAGCAUUGUAGAGCAACAGAAGUUACUUUGCCUCAAAGUAUAAAGGAUCCUAAACUCUCCACUGAGCUCCGUUGUGCCUUCCAGCAGAGCCUUAUCUAUUGGCUCCACCCGGCCUUGUCUUGGCUACCACUCUUCCCUCGUAUUGGAGCUGAUAGAAAAAUGGCUGGAAAGACAAUUCCUUGGUCAAAUGAUGAAACAAUGCAACACAUUUUAAUGAGUGACUGGUCUGUGAGCUUUACUUCUCUGUAUAACCUGCUGAAGACAAAACUUUGCCCCUAUUUCUACGUUUGUACCUAUCAGUUUACUGUGCUGUUCCGAGCAGCAGGAUUCGCAGGAAGUAAUGUGAUAACAGCUCUAAUAUCUCCUACAACUAGAGGUUUAAGAGAAGCUAUGAAAAAUGAAGGUAUUGAAUUUUCUUUGCCUUUAAUAGAAGAAAAUGACCAAAAGAAGAAAGCUCAUGGAACAAGCAUGGGACUUGGGGAGGAGCAAGCAAUAAGUGAUGAAGAUGAAGAAGAGAGUUUUUCUUGGCUGGAAGAGAUGGGUGUACAAGAUAAAAUUAAAAAGCCAGAUAUACACUCUAUCAAGCUCCGUAAAGAGAAACAUGAAGUGCAAAUGGACCACAGACCUGAGUCUGUUGUGUUGGUGAAAGGAAUCAACACCUUUACACUGCUGAACUUUUUGAUCAACUGCAAGAGUUUAGUUGCUACCUCAGGUGCACAGGCAGGACUUCCACCAACCCUUUUAUCCCCUGUAGCUUUCCGAGGUGCCACAAUGCAAAUGCUUAAGGCACGAAGUAUUAAUGUAAAGACACAAGCUCUUUCUGGAUACAAAGAUCAAUUUAGUAUGGAGAUCACAGGUCCAAUCAUGCCUCAUGCUCUACACUCUAUGACCAUGCUACUCAAAUCAUCACAGAGUGGGUCAUUCUCUGCAGGACUAUAUCCACAUGAGCCAACAGCUGUAUUCAAUAUCCGCCUGCCACUGGAAAAAAUACUGGAUAAAGAAGUUGUUCAUAAGGAGCUUACUAACUGUGGGUUGCACCCUAAGACUCUGGAGCAACUUAGUCAAAUACCAUUACUGGGGAAAUCAUCUUUACGGAAAGUGGAAAUGAAUGACUACAUGUGUAAUUGGAGAUCCUGAGCACCAAAGUAAGCCUAAAAGGAAUCUUUGAGGAAAAAAAAAAAAAAAGCAAGGAAAUUCAAGAUUCUUAUACCUUUGGCUUUAAAGUUCAUUUUGGAAGUUAAAGAAAUGAAUAUACUUAAAGAUGUUCAAGUGUUUAUGAACAUUAACUUUCUAUAUUAACUUUUAUUACAUGCACUGAGCAAUAGCAUUAAGGCUUUAAAUCAUUUUCCUUUUACUGUUUUGAAACUAGAUUUUGAGAUAUGAAGACGAUGCAUUUUUUAAAAACCUCAAAUAAUUUGAGAAUUUUAUAUUGCUAUAGUCCCAACUGUACACUGAGUAGAAAACAAUUAAAACUGACAGUUAUUUCAUGGCAUUGUGACUAAUGGUGUCAGGGCAAAAAUAUUACUUUAGUAAUUUUCCUAAGAUUAACAGACUUGUUUUAUUAAAAAUGGUAGAAAAUAAACAUAGGCAAUAUGUGGAGCUGGUUGGUGAUGUACCUACCUGAUAUAUUUCCUACUGGUAGUUGAUAUAUCAAGUUUUAAAAGGAUAUUCUAAUCGUAUGCCUAUUAUGACAAA